AUGGACAAUGGCUCAUUUCACUACUUUAUGCAGCUGCCUGCAGAGCUACGCCGUAUGAUUUGGAAACAUUGCCUACCGUAUCGCAUAGCAGAACAAGACACGCCUGACAGCUUUUUCGACGGCUACACAUCCAACCAUGUCUGCUGGAACCUAUCCGUGACACUUCAAAACGCUCAGAAACCGGCAAUUUCAUACGUCAACAGCGAAGCUCGGCAAGUCGCACUGGAGCAAGGGCGCAUCUUGGAGCCAGCUCGUGUGGUAUUUCUCGAGUCGCUAUGGGUGCAGCCGCUUCGAGAUGUGCUGCAUCUGAGCUGGACGCGAUUCUCUUUUACUGACCUGGCAAUUGAUUCAGAUGCUCCAGGCCCUGUUGAUGAGUUUAUAUUGCAGGCAAAGGACCUUGGAAUGCGGCCUUCUGUCGCAGCAGACCUUAUUCACCCUUUCAGCUUGAAGGGAGUGUUGGAUUGUGCUGGGGAUGUUGAUGCGCUUGGCAGCCAUAACCCUUUUCAUUUCGGCAAAUAUGACAUCGCGAAUAUUCGUUACCACUGCAGAGGAGAAGGAGCCGAUGAUGUGCGCGAGAUGGCUGAUAUCCUACCUUGGGCGGAAGGCCAAUGCAGCAGGCUAGACAUAGCUAUGGCGGCGGUUUCCCUGCAUAUUACUAGAGAGGCUGCUCUGAGAUCUGGCCUAUUUGGGCUCCUGGGUGACGCACCUGUUCAGAUGGUCGCUGUUGACGACGAGAGCCAGUUGAGAGAGUUCCAUGCAUUAUACCAGGAGCACGCAUUGGAAAAAGAACCGGUCGUGCAGACGCUCUUCGAGACAUUUACCAGUUCUGUGUUCAAAAAGGCCGUGGAAAUAUGGAAAAAUAACGCCGAAUGGACUAUUCUCGCGUACAUGUGGCAGUCGGCUCGAGACAGAAAACUUGACAUUCUUGGGACUGACCCGGGUUCCGCUUUGGGUACCUCACCUGUCGGAGCAAAAGUACAUCCAAAUGGAUGA